GUGUGUGUCUGUGUGCGUGCCUGUGCAUGUGAAAGAGAGUGAGCAAGAGAGAGACAGGAGGAGGGACUGUUAUAGGUACAAGAGGAAAGACAGGAAGCACUCAGAUGUAACCUGUCCUCUCAGGGUGGAUGAUGCCGUUUUGCGGACCUAAUGAACCAGACUGGUAACUCACAAUGAUUCUAAUCAUAGAAAAGAGCUAAUUUAAGGUUUUAAAUGGACAUCAAAGUCUUAGAUCAGGCCACCAGGGACGCGUAAAUUCUUGGCACAAUACGCAAAAAGGUGGAAUUGUUUGGAUAAUGUAUUACUCAGCAACAAACCGGAUUAUUUUCGGUUAUUUAAUUUCUUGAGACCAGCCUUGUAUCAGUUCCAUGAACUGGUAGUUAAGUCUGCAAAAUAAACCAGCUGUAAGCUACAGUGUUACGCUGCCGCUCCCUGAUUCAGCACCAAGUGAUGGAUAGCUCUCCGACUGAGUGCGCGGAAACAGACUCGCUCUCAUCCUCUCUGAACAGAGCUCAAAGUGCGCAGGGAGACACGUCCAUCGAUGCCGACAUUUAGGGAAAAGGCACCAAAGUUAUUCAGGCAGACUAUCGUCAUACUCUCUCCCCGCCCACAGAUAUAAAGCCGGCUAUUGUGACAUUAGUGGUGGAGUUUUCCUGACAUGCCUCCCAGCUGCGAAGAUGACAGAUUUUGCUCACACAUCACGGUUUCGAGAUAACGUUUUGAUAGCGGACGGAAACACCUCCGUGCUCUCCGGGGAAGUUGGACUCCUCUUUACCACCAGAGAACAAAAUGGGAUACAACCACCUGUUCUCUUUAUGGACGGCUGUUGUGUGGCCGCUACUCCUCUCUGGGUCAGUUCUCUGUCACGAGAAGACGCACUCCCACGCUGAGGAUGAGCUCUUCAAGACGCUGUUUGCUGGUUACAACAAGUGGUCGAGACCAGUGCCAAACAUUUCUGAUGUAGUCAUUGUCAAGUUUGGACUGUCCAUAGCACAGCUCAUUGACGUGGAUGAGAAGAACCAGAUGAUGACAACCAAUGUGUGGCUUAAACAGGAGUGGAACGACUACAAGCUUCGCUGGAGACCGUCUGACUAUGACAAUGUGACGUCCAUAAGAGUGCCAUCAGAGCUCAUAUGGGUACCAGACAUCGUCCUCUAUAACAAUGCUGACGGUGAGUUUGCUGUGACUCACAUGACAAAAGCUCACCUAUUCCACACGGGUAAAGUUCGCUGGGUCCCGCCUGCUAUUUACAAGAGCUCCUGCAGCAUCGACGUCACCUUCUUCCCCUUUGAUCAGCAGAACUGUAAAAUGAAGUUUGGUUCUUGGACCUAUGACAAGGCCAAGAUUGACUUGGAGCGAAUUGAAAACACUGUGGACCUCAACAACUACUGGGAGAGCGGUGAAUGGGCCAUCAUCAAUGCUGUGGGAACGUACAAUACAAAGAAAUACGACUGCUGCCAUGAGAUCUACCCAGACAUCACCUACUUCUUCAUCAUCCGAAGGCUUCCCUUGUUUUACACCAUCAACCUCAUCAUCCCAUGUUUGCUGAUCUCUUGCCUCACUGUCUUGGUUUUCUAUCUGCCCUCAGACUGUGGAGAGAAGAUCACCCUUUGCAUCUCUGUGCUGCUGUCCCUCACUGUCUUCCUUCUCCUCAUCACAGAGAUCAUACCGUCCACAUCUCUCGUCAUCCCUCUCAUCGGCGAAUACCUCCUAUUCACCAUGAUUUUCGUCACCCUGUCCAUCGUAAUCACUGUCUUUGUGCUCAAUGUGCACCAUCGCUCUCCCAGCACUCACAAGAUGCCCCACUGGGUCCACUCAGUGUUCCUGGACCUGAUCCCACGCUGGCUGUUCAUGCGACGGCCCGCACCAGAUGGCCGGCGUCGCAGGCUGUUGCUGCUCCAGCAGGAAGCAGCGGCCGAGCGGCGGCAGGGCCGAAUAGCUGGGAACAAAUCUGGCAACUGCCUCAGCACCUCAGCUAACUGGUUACGAGAUGGGACCACGUCGGAGGACCCUGAGAGAAGCUGUUACGAGGAUUUAGAGCUGGGAACGCUGACGUCUUAUUUCUCCUUCCGUCCCCCUUCGCCCAGACCUCCAGGAUCUACUCCUCCGCCGCAACAGAAAACCCCACAGAACAGCCAGAACCGACAGGACUCAGCAGGAGGGACGAACAGACAGUUAACUGGGGCCAGAGUCAAUCCCACUCAGCGGCCAACUAAAGUAGAAAAUACUGUAUCAGACUCAAAAUUCCUGCUUUCACCAAGUGUUGUACGUGCAUUAGAAGGGGUGCACUACAUUGCAGACCACCUGAGGGCUGAGGACGCUGACUUCAGUGUGAAAGAGGAUUGGAAGUAUGUCGCCAUGGUGAUUGAUCGCAUCUUCCUGUGGAUGUUCAUUAUUGUGUGUCUGCUUGGGACUAUUGGCCUUUUCCUGCCCCCUUGGCUAGCUGGCAUGAUCUAGCGCUCGAGAAAAAGUGUUGAAUAUUUAAAAAAGAAAAAAAAAAUCCACCACCACCUUCACUUGAGUGAUGUUUGACAUGUAAAAUGUAGCUGAACUCAACUUUAACACGGGGAAUGCGACUGAAGUUUGUGUAACACUGAACAGCCCAGUUUGCAGCCUCACGAGGCAACACUCUUUACAUACCAACAAACCAAAACUAUGAAAAACAAAAAAGAAGGACUGUGCUGUGUUUAGAUCCCUCUGAAUAGUGGGGCACAAACUCAAUGGUCGCUACAGUGGCAAGUUUAGGAUAUCUCAGACUCAGAUUGUCAGACUCGGCUGUCCAGACUCGGCUCAACUUUAAUAGGUCUAAGUUGCACUUUGUCGUCAUCCUCAGGUGUAUUCCUCAACCUCACCUGUGAAGUUAGGCUGUGUUUGACCUGAAUGCUAACAUUAGCAUGCCUGUUAGUGGCAAGCUAAUGUUUAGCACAGAACAUUUAGCAUGUUAACAUGCUAAUGUUAACGUGUAAACAUGCCAAUAUUUAGUAUAUAUUUAGCAUUAGCGUAACAUGCUAGUUAAAUGGCGUAGUGCCAGCAUCAUUUGGGUACUUUGUUACACAAAUGUGAUUACUUUUUUCGGUAGUUUUAGGAAUUACAAUUUAAAAGUCAAUGACAUAAUUGCAUUACAUUUACUACUACCGUUGGCAUCUGUAACGGCCGUAAGUAAACUUGGUGUCUUACCGGAGGUCAGAGGCUCGACAUCAGGUUUUCGUCUCCUUGUAGCUUGUUGCUGUUUCCUUUAGACAGAGCAAACCGCUAUCAUCCACCGAAAGAGAAGAAAUACAACUUCUGGUAACUCCAAAUUUGUCUUAUUGUUUUCUUCUUAGCCGCAUAGCUAGCCCCUCGUAUAAGCAGGAAUGUCCCGGGUUUUGUUUAGAUCUGGAGUAUUUGUGAAUGAAGGCCUUUGAGCACCAGUUAGCUGUCGAUGGACAGAAGAUAAGUACAUACAGUGCCUCGGCUAGCUGCUCUACGAAGUGUGUGAGAGUGUGUGCUUUAGAGUUAAGGCACUAGCUGGGCUGGGUAACGUUAAUAAAUGUAACUAAAUACUGCUGCUGUUUAAUUACAAGUAAAGCAAUGUGGUUGCAUUUUGAAAGACCACUAAGAAACUGAUUAAUUGUAUUUCCCAAUCUAGACAGGCACUCAGUAGAGCAUGCCUCUGUCAACAAACAAUCUUACACAUGUCUGAAAUCCAGAUAAUAAUCUGGGUCUGGAAAAGUAAUUUAGUAUAAUUAUGAUCCAGAUAAUUAUCUGGAUCUGCACCAAAUUGUACAGUUAUAGAUCUCAACACCAUACAUGUCUGUUUUUUGUUUUGUUUUGUUUUUUUACAUCAAAAUCCAUAAAUUAUUUCUUGAAAAAUUUAUGAAAGUCUUGAAAAAUGCCCCAUUGCAAUGUUAAAUAAUAAAAAAAAUUCCUGGAUCCACGCCUUUAACUGGAUCGAGACUAACAUUUAAUUGGUACAUGCCCCAAUUGGCACAUGCCCCAUUCCUCUACUAAAUUUGGUGCAAAUCGGUUGAGUACUUUUUGUGAAAUCUUAUGGUCAAACAAACAAACAAACAGACAAACAGACAUGGGUGAAACCUUCUUGGCAGAGGUAAUAACUUGCUGGUCUUCAGUAGCAGGAGUCUAAAAGUACAGCCGAUGCUGACAUGAUUUCAUUCAGUACUUUUAGAGGUAUCCAGCCUUGAACUGAGAUGACAAGUGGACAUUUAGAUGUGCUGGUGGUGCUGGACCAGCAGUGACUGACUGCUACAAUGUGGGUAAAAGUAAUGUAGUAGAAUUAUGAGCAAUGAAAUGUUUGGCUUGUGCCAGAUUGGAAAAACUCUGGUGUGUCAUGAACCGCAUUCAAUACAAGAUGAGGUGGCAUUUACCUAAAGAGUUUGACCAACAGUGGCAUGCUGAUCUAACAGAUCUUUACUAUACACUAACUUGGGUCAUUUGUACUGGUUUAGAAAGAAUUUGCAUUUUUAUGGACUUUUUUUCUGGCCAUGUUGCCACAAUUAAACUUAUUUUUGAAUGAUCAUACACUAUGUAAUAAAUGCCAUGAUGAUAACA